AUGGACAAGAUGAAAGCAGUUUUGUUUCCAGGUCAGGGUGUUGAAUGGCGAAGAUCCAUGCAGUCGCACCUUUCUAAUAAAAUUGUCGAAAAGACUUUGGUCGAAGCUGAACAAGUUACUAAAAUCCCAUUAAAAAAAUAUAUACUGGACGCAAAGGUGGAUCAUGAUUUGCCAAAAUUGAGUACCAUGAUAGUUCAGCCUGCUAUCCUAGCCUGCUCAGUAGGACUUUUUCGUGCAUUCCUUAAACGAACUGGAAGCUCUGCGCUCUUUGUAGGGCACUCUUUAGGGGAAUAUUCGGCGCUAGUUGCAAGUCGAGCGCUAUCUUUUCCCUCAGCUCUGAAACUAGUUAUGGCUAGGGCAAAAGCAAUGGAUGAAGCUUGUCGACUUACUCAAGAAAAAACUUCUAUGCUCGCAUUAACUUUGUUUAAUCGACCAACAUAUGCAACUAAAUUUCAGGACGACAUAAUAAAAGCAAAAGAGCCUUUUUCCUUCAUAGACAUUGCCAAUAAUAAUUCUUCUAGACAAACUGUGCUUUCCGGGAAAUAUGAAGAGCUUGCAAUUCUUGCCGCUUCCAUACAGUCAAAAACCGUGAACCUUGGUCGAGUCCGAGUAAAUUGGUUAGACGUUGCAGGUGCAUUUCAUUCCCGUUAUAUGUCUCCUGCAUUGCAACAAUUGGAGGAAGCUCUCCUAAAGACUGAAUUCCUCACAAGGGAUACUUGCUUUCGAUCCUCUAGCGGUGAGCUUCGAUUGCCAAUUGUGUCCAACGUUACAGCUGACUUGUAUCCAAUUGAAGCAUCAAAAAUACGAGAAAUACUUCUUCUUCAAUGUGUAAAACCCGUUCUUUUUUGGCAGAGUUUGUCUCGGCUAAAGUCUGAAUAUGGAAUUACUCGAUGCUAUCCAUGCGGGCCAGGCAGCACUAUGCAAUCCUUAGCAAAACAAAAUGAGAUGCAUAUCGAGGAGGUGUAA